AUGCCCCCUUUGUCAACAACUCGAAGAAUCCAUCAAGUCCAAGGAUUGUCAUGUCUGAACGCCAAGAGAAGUGGACAUGUUGCGUCAGAGGUACCGAGAUAUGGCUUCGAGGAUGCGUACCCUCAGACAUAUGUGGAGGUUUCUCCGAGCGGUCCAUGGUACUCCGAAGAGCAACCGGCAGUGUAUUGGCAGCAGGAGAUGGCAGCAGCGCAGCGCCGCGAGGCUGCAGAGGUGCGGUUGCUGGAGUCCGAGCUCCAUGCGGCUCGCACGAGCCCGCUGGCAGCUUGGCUUCGUGGCCCGGUCACCUGCAUCGAGCACGAGGUCGUGCGGAGAAGAUAUGCGGCAAAGGUAAAGCAGAGUCUCACAGGAAAAGAGACUAAGAGCGUGGCCGCUGAUGCUUCCUCUUUGCCACUGACGGUGGGCUUCGAGUCGCUAGUCCUCGUGCAGGACAUGACGGCGGCCGAAAGGCAAAGGGAUGAGGAGGGUUUGGUGGACGGAGAGGGAGAAGGAUGUUCACGGAGCUUCGCCGACAUUCUAGGCCCGAACUGCGUCAUCAAGCGCGUGGAUAAGGAUCAAAAGGUCAUCGGCCACGCCGAGCCCGACGAGAUGCAGCAGGAGCUGGUCGCGAGAGCAGCGACUCAGAAAAGGCUCGGGGCAUGUGCAGAGCACGUCCACCAUCUGCCCAGAAAGGAGAAGCUGCAAUGGGCUCUCGACCUCAAGGACAAGGCGAACGAGUGCUACGUGCAGAGCAGAUUCGAGGAGGCAGCGCGCCUCUACAACGACUGCUUGGUGGCACUGGACUUCGAUGGCAAGGAGGAUGAGACUGCAGAGGUAGUGGCGAAACUGCAGCUACCCGUUUGCACAAACUUGGCCGCCUGCUUGAUUGAGAUGGGGAAGUACGAGGAAUGCGUACGGGCGCCAGAAGGGAUGCGGGAUGCCUUUUCACACCACGACCCAGGGAAGCUUCUCAGAAGUUAG